UGGGAUGAGUUAGUGGCCUUGAUUUUGAGUCGCCGUGACCAGAUGGUGUGCAGCGAGCGAAGCUCGGGCACCUCGGUGCCCAAAAAGGAGCCGCAGAGCCGUCGCAAGAGGAAAUCUCGUCCCCAGGGCCUUCCAUCCCCGGCCUUGUGCUGCGCCUGCGGCCUGUGCAUCAUGCUAGCGGGCAUCAACAUCACUCUGGUCGGCGCCUUCGCUUUUAGCACGCUGAUGCCCUCCGGCAACCCUCCCAUCAUCAUCGGACCCAUCCUCCUGCUGGUGGCCUUCACCUUUUUCGGCGCUUGCUGUGUCUGCAGCCGUCUUCCGCCUCCGCAGGGCUCCCGCCGGUCCAAAGGGGGCGCCGGAGGUGGCGGUUUGGGCUUCAUGGGGCGGGGAACGGGGCUGGGAAGCGGGACGGCGGCGUUUGAGAUCGAAACUAGCGAGCACACCAUGCAGGAUACUACAGCCGUGCAGCUAAGCCCGACAAACUCCCCCAGCAGCUCCUCGCAUGGCUCCAGCCCGGAACAGGAAGCUUCAGCCAUGGCUGCUAACGCUAACAUCCCAGCGCCGGACUACAACACACCCUCUAGGUCCUGCAAACUCUUCACCAUGGAGGCUAACGGCCCUAGUUCAGCCUCGGCCACUUUCUCAGCCUCCACAGGGGGCGGGGGAGCGGUCAGGCUAACUUUGCCCUCUGAUGGUGCGGCUACCUAGCAUGGAUGAGGCUAGCAAUCCUGGGCCACUUACGGAAAGCUAACAAAGUAACAUAUAAGGAGCUGGAAUUGACAUUAAUAAGUUAACGUUCAAUGUC